GGCGUCACAUCCCAACAAUAAUAACAGCACCGGUGUGUGGAGCUGGAGCUUCACUGAGAUCAGCCGCUGUUUGUCGGCGUCGAUGUGCUCAGAACCCAGAGGGACGAUCCUGCAGAAACAUUUAUUAAAUUUAAUCAUCAUAAAUAAAACAGGUUGUAAAAAUAACAAGGAGGGGACGCGCGGGCAAACCACGUGACCGAAUGCGGAAGUGGAGGAGCAGGCAGAGUGUAUAUGUGAGGCAGAGGGAGUGUGUGGUCGUGUAGUGAGCUGCUGGUGUUGUUGCUGUCCACACACACACACACACACAGACACAGACACAGACACACACAGACACAGACACACAGAGGAGCAGUGUUUGUAUCGUCUCUACACGUAGGACUCUCGCCUGCCCUGAAGGAACAAAGGGGUCGUUUCGGAGGUCGCGCUGCUGAGAUGACUGGGCUGUGACAGUGUGCGUCCAAGUGUGUCUGUACCGGAGCCAUUCCCCUGACAUGGCCGCUGCAAAGAAGAGUUGUGCGAAGUCGGGAGGCGUGCGCUUCUCAGAGGUGGCCCCCGCCGCUGGAGCCCCGUCUCAUGUCCACUUCGACGAAAAGCUGCACGACUCCGUGGUCAUGGUGACUCCAGAGGACGACGGCAACUUCAUGGUCAAGGUGGGCUUCCUGAAGACGCAGCAUCGAUAUGAAAUAGUGUUCAACCUGCCCGAUGUCCCAGCUCUGGGGAAGGAGGUGUGUCCAGCGCCUGUUCCCAGUCCGCACCUCCGCAUCACUGACAUCACACCUGCACCAGAGGGAGGUCUGAAAGUGACGUGUGAGUACAUGGCCCAGCAGGAGGGGGUUCUGUGUGAGGAGGUGCUGCUGCUGAGCGAGACCAACGAGGACGUGUGUGUCAGAGUCAAGGUUCACGCCAGAGUCAUGGAUCGUCACCACGGCACCCCCAUGCUGCUGGAGGGGGUGCGCUGCAUCGGGGUGGAGCUGGAGUACGACUCCGAACAGAGCGACUGGCAGGGAUUCGACUGAGCCCCCACUUCCUGGUCCCCUUUCUCACCGGAAGUACACAAACACACACCAACACACACACAUAGUCACCUGCCGUCAUAGGACGAUACACAUCUACACACAAACACACACACUUGUUCAUCCCAACGGACCUCACAGGAAGUGGACGUCCUGUGACCUGAGAGCAUUUACAUGCAAAGACAUUCCUCUGCUUCCACCGCAUCACCGACAGCAGCAGAACAGACGCGUUGGCUCUUCUUCUCUCUGUUCAUCCCCCCCAUGCUGUUAAUCUGCUUUGAUCCUCUAGGGGGCAGCAGUGCUCUUUAAAUCCGUGCGGCCUCAGCUUCCCUCUCUAGUUGCAUCUCGUUUCCUGAUGUGAAGAAUGAAUCCCUCAUGAAGUCUUGUUUAUGAAUUUUAAAAGAUUGACACCAACCCGAGAAGAAGAACAUCUGCACAUCCCAGGGAAUUGGAGAUGAGCUGAGAGGAAGUGCUGGGGCCUGUAAUGUUGCAGCUUCACCACAAGGGGGCACUGCAGGCGACUUUGCAUUCAUAGUCAAAUCCAACUGUGCAAUUCAUAAUAAUACUACUACUACUAAUAGUAAUAAUAAUAAUAGUAAUAGCUUGAAUUCACAUGUCAGAAGUUUGAACGGACAUUAUCUCAACAUGCCCUGAGAACCUCUGCUUAGUUUCCAAGUUUUGUUUUAGUCCCAAACACUGAAUGUGAAGAUUUGCACCUGCAAAAAUAUAAAGCAAGAAAAAUAAAGCGUCUAUAGUUAGAGCUGUUGUUUUGGAGAGUUUGUCGAACAGAAAUCUGAUAUUUAAAUACACCACGUGCUCUUAGGAACACAAUUAAGAUCAGCAAGUUUUAUUUUGAAUAUCCUGAUACACGUUUGAAAGUAUUAAUAAUAUUAAUCCAAUAUAUUUUUUGUGGGUUUUUCUUCCCUGUGAGAAAGCAGCUGGUCCAAUCAACAUUUUGUUUAACUUCAUGCAGCCUUCCGAAAAACACACACACACACACACAAACAACACAUAAGUGCCUCUCACGCCUCCGUCCUGUUCCCUCACUCGAGCCUGAUGUUGUUUCACCAUCUCUCUGCUCGUCCUCGUCUCACACACACACACACACACACACACACACACACACACACACACACACACACACACACACAGACACACACAUGCAGCGGUUUGGAGCAGGAGGAGAAAAAAAGAACUUGGGACAGAAAAGUGUUUCAGUUUAUUUGUUGUGUUUCCUGCGUGGAACCCGUCCACCAGCUUCUCUCAGAUCAGUGAGAGUCACCUUGGCUCAGUGUGCAUCUCUGAGCAAGUGCCAUGAUCUGCUUCCACUGACAUCUUCCUCCUCCUCCUCCUCCUCCUCCUCAUGUUUCAUCCCCUCUCCUUCCUCUGCUCCUCUCCCACCGAAUGCAUUCAGCCUUAAAGCAAAUGACUGUGUGUAGUUUCUCUCCGUGUUGGACCGUGAGCUGUCGGUGUCGUACAGAGGUCAUAGGUUUAUUAGAUGUUUGCUUGCGUGUUUAAAGGUCAGAACCCGGUCUGUUCCCUCUCGGUGUGAAACUGAAGUGCUCUGUAGUUAAAGUCGAGGUUCACUUGUGUCGAUAUCUGCUCCCUGUGCGAGUGAUCGAUGUGUUUGAUUUAAAAAAAAUGAUGAAUAAAAAAUGUGUCUGUCUUUUGA